AUGGCCUCUCAACAACCAGAAGUCACUUCCCCACCUCCUGAACAUCCAAAUCCAACUACAUCUAAAAAACCUCAAACACCACCUGCACAACAACCAAAUCCAUCUUCUGAACAACCAAUCCAUUAUGAACCACAACCAACCCACUCACCAUCUGAGCCACACCCAGAACCUGAACAACCAACACAAUCACCCUUUGCCAUUCCCACACCUACAACUUUCGUUGCCUCCAUAACUCCCACACUAAAUCUCAGUGCCCCAAACUCACCUUCUCCAUCCUCCCCAGCAUCUGACACUGAACCAAAGACUACCCUCCCUACCCUAGAAGACGCAAUACAGGUUUUUGCAGAGUCUUCAGUGGAGAAGAUCAAGAAGGAAGAUGAAGAGAAAGCACACCUAGAAGAAGAACAGCGGAUCAGGGAAGCUGAGCAAAAGGUUGUUGCUGAUAUUGCUGCUACUGCGGCUGCUGCUGAGGCUGAGGCAAAAGCUAAAGUCGACGCUGAAGAAGCAGCUCGUAUUGCUGAAGGAGCAGCUGCCAAGGCCAAAGCUGAUGCACUGACUAAGGAGGAUCACUCCAACUAUGGGUUCGUCCCUCUGGUCUUGAAGACUCUGGAGGAACUGCAGAAAGAACAACAAGUGGUUCAGGCUAGGCUAGAUCAACAGGAUUAUGUCAACAACAACAUUCAGAACAUGUUGUCUCAGCUGCUCCAAAGGAUGCCUCCUCCCCCAAACCCAUAG